AUGAGCUCAUCUGUGCCAGACGAGGUAAGAUCGGGGGGCCGUCCUGUUUGUCUGUCUGUCUCUCUGUCUGUACUCUAAUGUACUCUAUACUUCCUUGACUGUCUGCUUGACUGUACUUGUAUCCCCCUAAAAGUAGAGAGAUGGCUCCAUCAAAGCACUUAGCUAUCUGUUUUGCUUGUUUGGAACUUUUGAGUAUAUAGGGCUACUCUAUAGUUACACACUUCUAGAAGAUUCUAUAUCUGUGUGUGACAGUGGAGGCUGGUGGGAGGAGCUAUAGGGGGACGGGCUCAUUGUAAUGGCUGAAAUUAAAUUAAUGGAACGGAGUCAAACAUGUCGUUUCCAUAUGUUUGAUACCGUUCCAAAAAAUUCCAUUCCAGCCAUUACAAUGAUCCCUCCUCCUAUAGCUCAUCCCACCAGCCUCCACUGGUGUGUGAAUUAUGAAUGUGUGGCAUGUCAAGUUUUAGACCUCUUCUCCAGAGAAGGCAACAGUAUUCAUGAUUUAUUUACCACAUAGGUUUUGUUUCAUAUAUGGGGGGGGGGGGGGGGGCAUAUGUAAGCAACGUUUGCAGAUUAACCACUUUCGUUUAAAUAAAUGUGCCCUACAUUUCCUUAGUAACCUCAAACACGCAUACAAUGGCACUCUGAUACUGGGUCCUGAAAAAGAGUUCAACAAAUAUUGCCAUUGCUACCAUGCUCAGCUAGUCAGGCGGCAGGUAGUCUAGCGGUUAGAGCUGUGGGCCAGUAACCGAAAGGUAGCUGGUUCUAAUACCAGAGCCGAUAAUGUGAAAAAUCUGUCAAUGUGCCCUUGAGCAAGGCACUUAACCAUAAUUUGCUCCAGGGGUGCUGUACUCCUAUUGGCUGACCCUGUAAAACAACACAUGUCACUGCACCUAUCUGGUGUAUGUGACAAUAAAGCAUUUAUUUUUUUGUCUGAAUGUAAACAGCGAAUUAUGCAAAGAGGAAAUACUAGAAUAAAUAUGGCCUUUUUUUCUUUUCUUCUUAGCAAUAUUUAAUUGUCAUAUCAUAGACUAUUAUUUCAUUACAAACAUGGUACACAUUUGUCAGAGGAACUCGGCUGUUAACAUAUACUCCAUUAGUUGGAUGUCAUAUGUUCAUGUUCUUUUACUUUAAAUUCGUUUUUUUUUUUGUGAACUGCAUUUUACAGAAUUUUGUUUCUGUUACCUGGAAAACAAAUGUAGCCCUGCGGCUUGGGAGUUCAAGUUCAGUUCACAUACUGUACAGCAGAACGUGGUUGUUGUUUUCUUUCUCUGAUGCUCGGUUCAUAGAUUGCCCUUGGGAAAACACAACACACACACAAACACAUGCACAUGCACACGCACACACACACACACACGCGCACACACACACACACACACACACACACACACACACACACACACACACACACACAUACAUACUGUACAUACACACAAACACACGCACACACACGCACACACACCACUACCCAUUCACCUCCACCCCUGCUCUUACACACACACACACACACACACACACACACACACACACACACACACACACACACACACACACACACACACACACACACACACACACACACACAACAAAUCCACUCUUCUGCUAUGGAAACUCAUCAUACGAACCCAUCCCAUCUGUCAGUAUGAGAUGAAUAAGUCCACAGUAUCCAUGACUUCACUCACCACCAGCCUCCAUUGCCUUAUAACAGUAAUCCUUAGUGAGUGCAGAGCGGGACAACAGCAUCUCACUACGAGUGCUGAUCUAGGAUCAGCUCUCCCUGUCCAUAUAAUCAUCUUCAUUAAGAUCUAAAAGGCAAAACUGAUCUUAAAUCAGCACUUAUACUCUGAGACUUUGUGAAUACAGGUUCAGGUCAGGUUAGCAUGGGGCUAGCUAAUGGCUAACGCUCCACCAGCGUCUGUCAAUGAGAGAGGCAUCCGGUUACUGCAGGUGUUUGAAUUAUUUAGGAGCAGUUGACAUGCUCACAGCAGUAGCUUAGGAAGUGUCACCACCACACUCAGGUCAGGGACAGGGACAUACAGCACAGUACAGUUAAGCCUGGCUUUUGGACUUCAGGGUCACUUCAGGACCGAAUUUGACUCAAUUACCAGAAUUGUCACCAGUGAGAGAGGAUGGGUACUGUAACUGUGUCAGGUGUUGGGUGUUGAGAAUCAAGGAAUUGUUUUACCAAAUGCGAAAGAUCACCACAUGGUCUCGAAGCGUUGUUACAGCUUUUGGUUAUGUUGGACUCAAUAUUAGGAUCAUAACCAAUUUUUGUGGUUUUGGACUUAUUAGAAAGUCAUUUUCUUUGUGUUAGACUCAAUAAUUACCUUGGAUAACCGGAUUACCACUAAGAGGAACAACACACAACACUGCUGUUUUGACAGAAUGGAAGAAUUCACCGUAGGCUAGACGUGAGGCAUUUGAGACACAUACUGAAUUGAAGGCUGCUAGAAUGGAGAAGGUGAGCUGUGCACAUGGGUUAUUGUUCUCAUAUCUCUCCCUCUCUUUCCCUAUUUUCGCUGAGCUUUGACUAUCAGUCUAUCCUUUUGGGAGAGAAGGAGACAGGAGAAGCCACUACUUCUUGUCAGUUCUCAGGCUUUAGUGGUCUCUGCCUGUUGCCAUGGUGAGAAGAAGAGAUAGUCCACGAGAAGUAGUUCCUUCUGAACUCAGUCAGGGUUGGAUGAAUGGUGGACCUUUUCCUCUGGAGAUGUAGUGUGAACGAGAGCUGUAAUGCCUUCACUCCUCAGGCAAUAGAAGUUUUCAUAUUGAUGAUCUUCCGCCCACGAUACUCUGCCAACGACCCUUCAUAGUUUCUGAAUGAUUCUCAUUGUUUCUGAAUUGUUCUGUGGCAGUGCAUGUGCAUGUCAGAUCUAAAUGGAGGCUCUCAUGUGGACCUUUGAUGUAUGUUCGGAACCUUUCUGGCAGCUCUGUGUAAUUUUUGUAACUUAACGCCCACUCAUACACCUGUGGCUAUUCAAUGGCCUGUAUAUUGUCCAUUAACUACCCUGUUUCCAUAACUACAAUUCCAACUACAACCCCAAAUGAAUGGGAAAGAUAAGCACCAUAUCAUUUCCAGAUCUUAUUUGGUGCUUACUCUUUCCAUUCAUUUGGGGUUGAGGCAUAUAGAUGGAUCGACAGAAUUGAUGGCGUGAGACAUGGAUUCAUCUUGACAUCUGACAAACUUACAUUUUUGACUGUAAUAUCCCUUUAAAGCUAUUUGUGCCCAAGAGUUGGUUUGUCCCUGUUUGUCCCUGUAUCUCUGGUCCCCUGUAGCUCAGUUGGUAGAGCAUGGCGCUUGCAACGCCAGGGUUGUGGGUUCGUUUCCCACGGGGGGCCAGUAUGAAAAUGUAUGCACUCACUAACUGUAAGUCGCUCUGGAUAAGAGCAUCUGCUAAAUGACUUAAAUGUAAAUGUAUCUGCUUAUCAGUGAAACUCAGAGGCCUCCAGUAAAAAUAGCACAUCAGCAAGAACAGUGGGAUGCUGCUUAGUAACAUGAAGUGUUGUUGGCCUGCAUAAAAGUGUCUGCUGAGCCUUUCAAGUGAAAAAUGAAUCACAAACUGAACUGUACUGUGAUGGUGACACUAUCGGGUCAUUCACUAGGGAGCAUACUCACACUGUCUCCUUCAUUUGUCUCUGUUGUCUUCUCCCCCUCUUCUUUUAUGUCUAUAUAUGUCUGUCUGUCUGUUCUCCUCUCUCUCUCUCUCUCUCUCUCUCUCUCUCUCUCUCUCUCUCUCUCUCUCUCUCUCUCUCUCCCUACCUCUCUCCCUACCUCUCUCUCUCCCUCCUCAGUGUCUCCUGAGCUGCUAGGGGUCCUGUCUUCCAUUGCGGCCUUCAUGGCCCUGAUGGCUGUCUUUUUUCUUUACCUCAGCAACAAGCUGUCAGUGGAGAGCACAAGUGACCUGUCAUGUCUAGACGACUAUAGGCCCGACCAGCAAGGUAAACCCGUCAAGGUGUAUAACACUCAAAGUCUGUAAACAGUUUGUUUAUUGUUCUAUGGGCCUGUGCUAGUUUCUCUGACAAAAAUUAAGCCUAGUUCUGGACUGAAAAUAAUAUUUUUCUUGUCCAGGUUUAGGCUUAAUAUGGGUCUAGGAAAUUGUCCCAAAAUGAUACAAAUAAAUCCAUAUAUACAGUAUGAUUGUCUGACUAUGUGAUGAGUACUGAGGAUAUGAAGAGGCAGGACGCAGACAUCAACAGUUUUAAAGGUUUACUUAACACUGAGCAAGAGAACAACAAAGAGCGAGUACACGACAAGACACUAACAAUCACACACAACACAUCACUGAACAGUCCAGGGCUAUAUAGUGGUGGUGAUGAGAUGAUGAGGUGCAGGUGCGCUGGAGGUGAUUAGGGUGCGUUGGGUUUCCAUUCCGGUGUUGCCGAGGUGGUGCGCUCAUUCCGGUGGCUCAGUAGACCGGCGAAUCAGAGCUGGUGAGAUACAUGCUUGUGGGUGAGAAUGUUGUGAAUAGACAUUAUCCUUAUUCCCUACCACAGAUUCUCCUCCUCAUACUUGUAUAAAGUGUAAGUCAUGGAUGUCAGACAGUAAUACCUGGACCACACACUCUCAUGAACCAAAUGUCCCUGCCAGAGCUGAGAUGAUGAGAUAAUCUAGAACCCACCAGACAGUGUGGAGAAGGACAGAAGCCCCAGUCAUCAGCGAAUCCACCAAACAUGGCGUUCUUCAAGAGCUUCGGUCAAAACCUACCAUCUGUCAACAUCUCCUCCAUCUUGGAUUCAGUCAGCAGCAGAGUGGACAACCUAGCCAGCGCUGUCACUGAUGCCACCUACAGCGUCAGUGACCAGCUGACCGAGCUCAGCGACCAGGUCAUCAAGAAGGUGCAGACAGAGGAGGAGGAGGCUGCGGAAACGGCAAAGGGGGGCCAGGACAGCAAGGAACGGAAGGCCCAGGAAGGGAUGGCCGAGUCAGUGAGGAGCAAAAUCAAGCGGCAGGCUUCUGAGGCCUGCUCAAGCUUGACAGACUACAGCUCCAAGCUUAACCAAUCCAGUGACUUCGGUUUGAAGAACAACCAAUCGAGUGACGUGACCGCAGAGGACUAUGUUCCAGCCCAAUUGGAAUGGGUGUGGAAAGACGGAGGCUGGCGAGCCGUAAAACCAGGGGAGAGUUCUGCGGAGGACAAGGAACAAGAAGAGAAAAGGAAGGAGGAAGAGAAGAAGAAGGAGGAGGAGAAAAGGAAGGAAGAAGAGAAGAAGAAGGAGGAGGAGAGGCUGAAACAGGUGGAGGAGAAGAAAAAUAGCCAUCAGGAGACCAUAGAGGAAGAGCCCGAAGAUAUAGAAACCAGCUUGUCCCCUAAAGAGAACCACGCUACUUGUCAGGACAAAAAGGGCCAGAAAGAGGACAAAUCCAAUGGGGUCCACCAGAGUGACGACCAUAGCGAUCCACCACAAUCUCCUUGCCAUGAGGAAGAGUCGAGAGCAUCCAAAAAGAAAAAGAAGGGGGAAGCUGAAGAGGAGGAGAAUGAGGUGAGCCCUGAGGGAGAUGGAGAGCGGAACGAGACUGAAGCCGCUAUAUCUCCUGCUUCUGAGAAAGAGAAGAAAGAGAGUGACAAGAAGAAAGAGAAGGGGAAAGAGAAGAAAGAGAAGGGGAAAGAGAAGAAAGAGAAGGGGAAAGAGAAGAAAGAGAAGGGGAAAGAGAAGAAAGAGAAGGGGAAAGAGAAGAAAGAGAAGGGGAAAGAGAAGAAAGAGAGUGACAAGAAGAAGAAGACAGGGGAUAAAGGUGAGAGGGUAUGCUGCUUCCCUCCAAAUGUCUCUCUGGAUCUCUCCUCCUACACUCUUCUACCACCUCUUCUGUGACAUGUUAAUGAACUGAAGUCAAAAGUUAUAAUGCUGUCUGUGGCUGUCAUGUUUACACUUUCAGUUCUUUCUCCUCACGGCUUUACCUAUUUCUCUCAAAUGAUUGUUAUAGAUGUGAUAGCGGAAUAGCUUACCAGUUAGAAAUAUGAUAAUUUUCUUCUCUGACGUUCAGCUAAGAUCAAGUGUAGUAUCCAUUCUUAUCAGUCUGAUAUCUACUACUUCUCCUAUCUGGAGAACAUGAAAUAGAUUUUUGAAACAGGGAGAUGGAAUAUGGGUAAAAAAAAUGCUCCUUACAUUUUUGGGGGACAUAAGUUGUGUCUUAUGUUGGCUGAUUGUCAUGAUGUACUAUGAUCUUGUGUGUGUAUCUGUUUGUCCAGACCAGAGCUGCCCAGAGCGUGGCUCUGAGGAGGACAGUGAGGAGGACAGAUCAGGGAGACACUCUGAACCCUCAGCCCAGCACAGAGCCUCAGUCUGGGACAACAGACAUAAACCCACCAGUGAUCACAGCAGUGAGGCCUCCAUUGGACAAAGUGAGAAAAUCAUUGAUGUGACAACAGACAUAGAAACGCAUGCACACACACACAUCCAAGAUGUUUACUAAGUCACAGAUUAAUCGUAUCCAUCACUCUGUUCCACAGCCGACAAUAUCCAGCGGAUGAGACGGGGCUCUCCACUCAACGAGCUCCAGCCUCCCCCGUAUCAGGACGUGGAUAGACCGGUCCGGGUGUCUCGCUCGCGGUCGGAAGCAGGGGGCCUUGAGGAUUCGUACCCAGACGGCAAUGGUACAAGGUGCUCCAGCGAGGCCAGCGUUGACCAGGACACUACGAGUUACCUCAACAAGGGCUAUGAUGAGGAUGUACCUAGUGACAGCACUGCCGUCCUGGGACCAGAGGUGAGCUAGGACAAAGACACUCAUACACCAGAUGGUGGACUGUUAGCAUUUCCUAUAGGAAACUGUGUCAUGCUAGCCAGGCAUGCCAACACUACCUGGGCAUGCUCACUGGUGUAACACAAACCCCGCAAGGUGGGGGGGCCCAAACACAAAUGUAUCUCAGCCUCAUGGCAAAAUGUGUAGAAUAGCAGGAAAAUAGCUUAGGGAUUCUUGAAAGUCGGGAUAAUCCUUGUCCGGCAGGGAAACUAUAUUUCUAUAGUUGACAUUUUUAUUUUGUUGGAUUAUUUGAAUUUAAAAUGUACAUUUAGGGGAAUUUUAUAAGGAAAAUAUUUGUUUUGGGAAUUUUCAAAAUACUUUCAAUAUUAUUCAUUUCCAUGUUGGCUCUAUGCCUGGAAAUGUACUUGUCCGGAGCAAACAAUCCCAAUUUCAAACUCUAAAAAGUGUUUAAUAAUGGAUAUUAACUGAGAAAUUAUAUUAUGUAGUUUCUUGCAAUAGCCUUCUGUGACUUUAAAGAAUAUUGUUUCUCAAAACAAUGAUUCAUAAAAGAUGUGUCCGGAGAUUUGGUGAACUCCGUCAGAUUUGUAAAAAAUCCUAAAUGAAUCAGGAAUGAGCAGGGUCAGCUAUACCAUAAGGACCCCUUAUUCAUGUCCUCAUUACAUGUAGUGCAACAAGACCACUCAUGGUCUGUAAAGUUAUUGGGAUUCCAUAUUUUACAAGUGUUUGUAUUGAACUUUUAUGUGUAGAGGCAAAAAUAUGUCUGUUUUGAGUAUCUGUUGUCAACUCCGUCACUGAUGGCUAACCCCCUUAAAAUAUUUUUUGGGGUCAAUAUCCUGAAAAGAUUGUUUAAUCACUGUUCUAUAACAAUUGCUUAAACAAUGGAAGUGUUUGCUGUGCUAGACCUAAGGGAUAAUGUUUGCUUUAUAAAUGUUUUUUUAUGUUCUAAAUCUAGAAAAUGAUGCCAAAAUGCUAAAUAUUUUUGCCCUGGAGCAUUUAAUAGUGCUAUAAAAGAUUUGUAUGACAUAUUUGAAUAAUCUAAUGUUAGAAUUAAACAAUCAAUGCCUUUAAACACUUUUUGGUGAAAUGUCUUUCAUGGUGUCUGACGGAGUUGCAUUUUAUGAUUAAAAAAACUAAACAUGGUGUGAUAGCUGAUACUUUGAUCUAUCAAAAUAUAUACUGUAUUUCACAUUUUGUUAAUAUUAAGACAAAUAUUUGUGGGAAAAGAUUGUCCCGUCUUUCCAGAAUCCCUGAGCUCUAAAACAGCAACAUUUUCUCUCAGCCUCAAAAUGUGUGUGUGUGUGUGUAUGGGGGGGGGGGGGGGGGGGGGCUUGCUCGAACCUUGUGGUUUCAUGCAUUAAAAUGAAUCUUAUCAUCCUCCCUCUCUCCUCUUUCUCUCUUUCACUCUCUGUCUCUCUAACACCCCCCUCCCACAGGAUGGUUCACCAUCCCAUCUCCCCUUCACCCAGUGCUGUGUCCUGCUCUAAGGGCCUAUAUCUACCCUCACUCUGUGAUGUCGCAGAUGAGGACUGACUAACAGAUUCAUGCAUUAAAAUGCAUAUUUUCAUUCUCUCUCUCUCUCUCUCUCUCUCUGUCUCUCUUUCUCUUUUCUCUCUCUCUCUCGCUCUUGCUCGCUCUCUCUCUCUCCCCCCCUCCCCUCACAGGAUGGUUCACCCUCCCAGCUCCCUGUGGGCUAUGAGCCCGAGCCACUGGCCAAGUACGGCACGCUGGACGUGGCCUUCGAGUAUGACUCGGGCGAGCAACACCUCGUUGUCACUGUCACCGCGGCAACCGACAUCCCUGCGCUCAAACAGACAGGCAACAUCGCGUGGCAGGUGAACUUUACUGUUGUACUUGUCUUUCUUGCUCUCACACUUAAACAUAUUUUCUUACUAGCACUGAUUUUGCUGAUAGCGGCUAUUUUGAAGAAAGUUUUACUUGCAAUGAUUGUGAUAUGUGAUCGUACCUUCCUUAGUUGCCAGCACUGACUGCAAGUUGCUCUGGAUAAGAGCAUCUGCUUCAGUUGAAGUUAUAUGGAAAUUAUAAACUCAGCAAAAAAAUAAACGUCCUCUCACUGUCAACUGCGUUUAUUUUCAGCAAACUUAACAUGUGUAUGAACAUAACAAGAUUCAACAACUGAGACAUAAACUGAACAAGUUCCACAGACAUGUGACUAACAGAAAUUGAAUUAUGUGUCCCUGAACAAAGGGGGGGGGGGGGGUCAAAAUCUAAAGUAACAGUCAGUAUCUGGUGUGGCCACCAGCUACAUUAAGUACUGCAGUGCAUCUCCUCCUCAUGGACUGCACCAGAUUUGCCAGUUCUUGCUGUGAGAUGUUACCCCACUCUUCCACCUCGCCCUCACCCUCCGAUCCAACAGGUCCCAGACAUGCUCAAUGGGAAUGAGAUCCGGGUUCUUCGCUGGCAAUGGAAGAACACUGGCCAUGGAAGACAUUCCUGUCUUGCAGGAAAUCACGCACAGAAUGAGCAGUAUGGCUGGUGGCAUUGUCAUGCUGGAGGGUCAUGUCAGGAUGAGCCUGCAGGAAGGGUACCACAUGAGGGAGGAGGAUGUCUUCCCAGUAACGCACAGCGUUGAGAUUGCCUGCAAUGACAACAAGCUCAGUCCGAUGAUGCUGUGACACACCGCCCGAGACCAUGACGGACCCUCCACCUCCAAAUUGAUCCCGCUCCAGAGUACAGGCCUCGGUGUAACGCUCAUUCCUUCGACGAUAAACGCAAAUCCGACCAUCACCCCUGGUGAGACAAAACCGCGACUCGUCAGUGAAGAGCACUUUUUGCCAGUCCUGUCUGGUCCAGCGACGGUGGGUUUGUGCCCAUAGGCGACGUUGGUGCCGGUGAUGUCUGGUGAGGGCCUGCCUUACAACAGGCCUACAAGCCCUCAGUCCAGCCUCUCUCAGCCUAUUGCGGAAAGUCUGAGCACUGAUGGAGGGAUUGUGCGUUCCUGGUGUAACUCGGGCAGUUGUUGUUGCCAUGCUGUACCUGUCCCGCAGGUGUGAUGUUCGGAUGUACCGAUCCUGUGCAGGUGUUGUUACAUGUGGUCUGCCACUGCGAGGAUGAUCAGCUGUCCGUCCUGUCUCUCUGUAGCGCUGUCUUAGGCGUCUCACAGUACGGACAUUGCAAUUUAUUGCCCUGGCCACAUCUGCAGUCCUCAUGCCUCCUUGCAGCAUGCCUAAGGCACGUUCACGCAGACCCUGAGCAUCUUUCUUUUGGUGUUUUUCAGAGUCAGUAGAAAGGCCUCUUUAGUGUCCUAAGUUUUCAUAACUGUGACCUUAAUUGCCUACCGUCUGUAAGCUGUUAGUGUCUUAACGACCGUUCCACAGGUGCAUGUUCAUUAAUUGUUUAUGGUUUAUUGAACAAGCAUGGGAAACAGUGUUUAAACCCUUUACAAUGAAGAUCUGUGAAGUAAUUUGGAUGUUUAUGAAUUAUCUUUGAAAGACAGGGUCCUGAAAAAGGGACGUUUCUUUUUUUGCUGAGUUUACAAAAUUAGACAAAACAUAUUAUAAACCUUAUGAUAAGGCAUUAUAAAGGCUCAUACAUGCCUAUAACAAGCUAUAAAGCAUUAUACCAAACUCUCCUCCUGGAAAUCUGCCACCUUAAUUUAGCACACCUUAUCAGGUAUGUUAGGUUAGGUUUGGACUGAAAACCUGCAGGACGAUAGAUCUCCAGGAAGAUGGUUGGGCAGCGCUGCUUUAAGUAAAGUGUUACCUAUGUAGGUACACCUGGUACUACUGCCCACUAAGAAGCAGCGGGCCAAGACGGGGGUGCAGAGGGGGCCGUGCCCAGUGUUCACAGAGACCUUCCGCUUCUCCCGGGUGGAGCAGGAGGCACUGGCGGACCACGCAGUCCGGUUCCGCCUCUACAGCAUCAGGAGGAUGAAGAAGGAGAAGGUUUGGGGAAAAAACAAACAUGUAUGCAAUCAUUUUUGUAAGUCAGUUUGGAUAAAAACAUCUGCUAAAUAUAUUAUUAUAUUAUUAUUUAUGUUAGGUGUUGGGCGAGAAGGUUUUCUAUUUGACUAAACUCAACCUGCAGGGAAGGAUGACACUGCCCGUUACACUGGAGCCCGGCACAGCACUAAUGGUGAGUGGCUGGGGAGAUAGGGGUAGAAAGGGGUGUGUGUGUGUGCGUGUGCUUUUUUUGUUUUACUAUACUUGUGAGGACUAGAAAAUAGAAUUCGGACAAGUGACAUUUGGCCUGUCCUAAAAAGGAAAAGGAUUAAGGUUUAGGAGUUAGGGUUAGGUUUUGGGUUAAGGUUGGGUUUAGGGAAAAUAGGAUUUUGAAUGGGAAUCUAUUGUUGGUCCCCAAAAAGUCCUCACAAGUAUAGUAAUACACAACUGUGUGUCUGGUAUGGGUCUGUUUGUGCAAUUUCUUGCCAGUAAGAAGUAGCCUGAUUUGUAUGAUGUCCACUUAGAUAAAUGAUCAGUAUAGGCUAUCAUUUACAAUGCAUGCACAAUAAUGGUACAGUAACUCGUAGACUAACCUCGUCCACAGGCUCGAAUUGCUGCCGCAUAGAGCCUGGUAACGGUGUGGAUUUACUGAGUGACAUGAUAAUCAAUUCAAAUUCUGAGCAACUCACACGACUAUGAGGCGUGGCUCCAAAUCGAGGCGGCAAAGUGUUUGUUAUGGUGCACCACGGAAAUAAUUCCCUGGAACCCAAGGUAGUAGGAACACAUCGUAGUAGGAACACAUAACACAUCUUUUAAAUGGGAGGUUCGUCUAGCCAGCUAUCUAAACUUUUAGUAAUCAUGGUCGAAUUACACUCACUCAGAUAUCAUAUUAAAACUGCAAACAUUUCUCUCCACCCAAUGGCAAAAUGCGUAGAAUUGCAGGAAAUUUGUUGUAAAACUGCACAUUUUAGUCUCUGCCCCAUGGCAAAGUUAAUAGAAUUACAUGAAAUGAGUUAUAAAAUUACUAACUCUUCUCUUCACUCCAUGGCAAAAUGUGUAGAAUUGCAGCAAACUUGCUUUAAAACUUCAACAUGUUCUCUAUGCCCCAUGGCAAGAUGUGUGGAAUUGAAGGAAAUUAACUCUAAAAUGUUUCGCUCGCAAGGCUAGUGCCGGCUCUGGCUGCAUGUGUGGGUAUGGAUGUGGGUCCGCAGACCUGCGAGCCACCAAGGCCCCUCAUGAUGAGUUCAGAUUUUUUGUCGCCCCCACACAUCGAAGUUGCCCAUCCAUGCUAGAUAGUGAUGGAGUGAUAGAUCAGCCAAUUUAAAAAAGCGGUUGUUUUGUCCGCUCCUGUGGCGGUCAAAAACCAGACGGCUCGACAGAGAGCCUUUAGACAAGGCAUAGUCUCACCCAAUCCAAGCCAUUCAGUUGCAUUGUACUGAUUCCUACCUGCCUCUAACUCUGCAUGUGGUGUUGUCUGUCCUCUCCUUUCUCCCUACAGGGCUGUGGGUCGUUGGUGAGUGUGUCUCGUAGUGCAGGGGCUCUGUCCUACCGUUCCACCGGGGACUCCACACCAGAGAUCCUACUGGGCCUCAUCUACAACUCCACCACUGGUAGGCUCUCUGCAGAGGUCAUCCAGGGCAGCCACUUCAAGAACACAGCCUCAGACAAACCUCCCAGUGAGUGGACAAUGAACAUUAGGACGUUGUGUCUAUUUUCUGUUGUGUCUUUGAUAAUGUUAUGGAGUAGUUGGGUAGCUUAGCAUUCAAAUCCAUAGAACUGAAUGCAUGCUCUUAUUCCUAUUGUUGUGGGUCUAUCAGCUAUUUACUUCAGCAGUCUUUAUACUCAAACUCUCUUUCCUCCUUCCUUUGUGGCCAUAUGUGUGGUGUGUCCCAGGUGGUCUGUUUUGUUGUAUAAAACAGUUAAUAGGGGGACAACUUUACAUCAUGAGAGGUGAGUCCUCUUAUCAAUCCAUACACCUCUUUCUAUCUGUACCAGUCGUCGUCACAAUUGUGACUCACUGUCUGUUCCUCUCUGUGUCUACUGAUAAUUUUGGCAUAUUGGGAAAGAGAACAAAACAUCGUAUCGUGAAAAAGAACCAAAAAGUGACUGGUAUCAAAAAGCGAUUCGUAUUCUAUUAUGGUUCAACACAAUUUUUUUAUCUUUUUUUAUUUUACCAGGUUAGUCUCGUUGAGAUUAAUAAUCACUUUUACGAGAGACCUGGCUAAAAUAGCAGCACACAAAGUUGCAGACACAUUUACCACAUAAAACACAAAUACAUUAUUUUACACAUUGAAAACAUUGACAGUUCCCCCCAACCCUUUAUUUUCCAUAAUAGUGUUUAAGCUAGCUUUAAACUAAUUUAUAGGGAUGAGCUCCUGCAAUUUCAGGACCUUUUGAAGCUCGUUCCAGGCCGAAGGGGCAGAGAACGGGAAAGCUUUUUCACCUAGCUCUGUACGGGUCUUAGGCACAAUCAACAAAACACAGUCAGGUGAGCGCAGGCGGUAGUUUUAAUUUGUCUGCUGGACAAUGUAAUUACGCAAGUAAAAUGAUAGCUGUCUCAAUAUGGCCUUUAAUAUAAAAACAUACUAAUGAUUUAAUCUCUGAAGAGCUAAGGAAGGCCAGCCCACUCUCAUAUAGAGGGUACAGUGAUGAGUGAGGGCUUUGGAGUUAGUCACAAACUUCAGCGCCCCAUGGUACAGUGUCCAGCAUAUGUAAUGAUGCCACAGGGGCAUACAUAUACAAGAUAUCACCAUAAUCAACUACAGGCACAAAAUAAUAUAAUUACAAUAGAAUAUAGAUGACUUGAAGAUCUUCUAUUGAAGAUCUAUCUACAGCAAUUCGCCAUUCGUCUCCACUAGAUGGCAGCCCCUCAACAACCUCCCCCCUUCUCUUUUUGUCCCUCCUUCCACAGACACCUAUGUGAAGCUGACCAUGCUCGACUCCAAGGGCAAGGAGAUGUCCAAGUGCAAGACGUCGGUGUGCCGCGGCCAGCCCAACCCUACUUACAAGGAGACCUUUGUCUUCCAGGUGUGUGUGUGAGAGUGAGUGAGUGAGUGAGAGAGAGAGAGUGAAAGAGUGAGAGAGAGAGAGAGAGAGAGAGAGAGAGAGAGAAUGAAUACAUUUUACAUACAUGAACCCUGACAAACAACCCACCCCAUCUCUGUUUUCUUCCAGGUGGCCCUCUUCCAGCUGUCCGAGGUCUCCCUGGUGGUGUCGGUGUACAGCCGGAGGAGCAGCAUGAAGGCCAGAGAGAGGGUGGGCUGGCUGUCCCUGGGGUUCAACAGCACCGGAGAGGAGCAGCAGGCCCACUGGAGCCAGAUGAAGGAGGCAGAGGGACAGCAGGUGUGCCACUGGCACACACUCUUGGAAUCUUGA